CUCUCUCUCUCUCUCUCUCUCUCUCUCUCUACCUCAUGGCCAAUGCCGCCACCGCCGGAGAUUCCCGCCGCCGCCUUUCAGCUUCCAUAGAAGCGAUAUGCAAGAGGAGGUUUAGGAGGAACAACAACGGGAGAGAUGUGGAGAAACGUUUAUAUUUUCAGACACAAGAAAAGAGUUAUGGGUGUUGCAAGUUUCAGAUUGUGAAGAUUGUGUUGCUUAUGCUUGUCUCUGCCACUCUCUUCACCAUCCUCUAUUCCCCUCACCAUCCUCUCGCUCGCUCUUCUUCACGAUGGAUAUGGGGAAGACAAGAUCCACGGUAUGUCUCAGACUUGGACAUAAACUGGGAAGAUGUGACCAAAAUCAUUAAGACUAUCGACGACGACAACGACCACCAAACGGGAACGAAUACCAGCCGUACGAUCGGCGUCCUGAACUUCAACAAGAACGAGAUCCAACGAUGGAAACGGCUGGUAACAGCCAAGAAGAACAGCAACAACAACAAAAACCAAGAAGAAGAGGAAAACAUCGUCGCAUUGCAUCUUGAUUACGCAGACAAGAAUGUGACAUGGGACUCCCUGUAUCCAGAAUGGAUCGACGAGGAACAAGAAACAGAAAUACCCGUUUGUCCCGAUCUUCCAAAGAUUCAAGUACCCAGAAGAAAACUCGAUCUGAUAAUUGUAAAACUUCCAUGUCGGAACGAAGGAAACUGGUCGAGAGAUGUCGGGAGAUUGCAUCUGCAACUGGCUGCAGCGACCGUCGCUGCGUCGGAAAAAGGGUUUUUCCGGGGACACGUAAUGUUCGUGACGAGGUGUUUUCCAAUCCCAAAUCUGUUUCAUUGUAAGGAUCUCGUGGCUCGGAGAGGUGAUGUUUGGAUGUACAGACCGAAUCUUGAUGUCUUGAGGGAAAAGCUUCAGCUUCCUGUUGGAUCUUGUGAGCUCGCUCUUCCACUCGGCGUUACAGAGAGACGAAGCUCGGAAAACCCGAGAAGGGAAGCGUAUGCGACUAUCCUCCACUCGGCUCACGUCUAUGUAUGCGGUGCCAUCGCAGCUGCGGAGAGCAUAAGACAGUCGGGUUCGACCAGAGACCUUGUAAUCCUUGUCGAUGAAAACAUAAGCCCUUACCACCGAAGCGGCCUAGAAGCCGCGGGAUGGAAGAUCCGUACGAUACAAAGAAUCCGAAACCCUAAAGCCGAGAAAGACGCGUACAACGAGUGGAACUACAGCAAGUUCCGGCUAUGGCAGCUGACGGAUUACGACAAGAUCAUAUUCAUCGAUGCCGAUCUACUGAUAAUGAGAAACAUCGAUCUCUUGUUCUCGAUGCCCGAAAUCUCGGCCACGGGAAACAAUGGAACCCUAUUCAACUCGGGCGUGAUGGUGAUCGAGCCCUGCAACUGCACGUUUCGGCUUUUGAUGGAUCGUAUAAAUGAGAUAGAAUCAUAUAACGGAGGAGAUCAAGGGUAUCUAAAUGAGAUUUUCACUUGGUGGCAUCGGAUUCCGAAGCAUAUGAAUUUCUUGAAGCAUUUCUGGGUAGGGGAUGAUGAUGACGUGAAGCGCAAGAAAACGAGGCUGUUCGGACAUGAGCCGCCGGUUCUGUAUGUUCUGCACUACCUGGGUAUGAAGCCAUGGCUUUGUUACAGAGACUAUGACUGCAACUUCAACGCUGAUAUAUUUCUUGAGUUCGCCAGCGAUGUUGCUCAUCAACGCUGGUGGAGAGUUCACGACGCGAUGCCUCAGGUUCUACACCAGUUCUGUUACUUGAGGUCCAAGCAAAAAGCCCAGUUAGAGUACGACCGCCAACAAGCAGGGAUGGGGAAUUACUCGGACGGGCAUUGGAGAAUCAGAAUAAAAGAUCCAAGAUUCAAUAUCUGUAUCGACAAAUUAUGCAAUUGGAGAGACAUGUUGCGUCAUUGGGGCGAAUCCAAUUGGACCGACGACGAAUCCUUUGCUCCGACUCCUCCUGCCAUCACCACUACGGCUCUUCCCGGCCACACGUUAUGACUAGGGCUGAGUAUUUUUACCUGAGACCUCCGGGUUUCUGGAUACCUUGUUUCAUGGUUAUCCGAGAUUCAUUACUCGUAAGACAAUGAGAUAGAGGUCGGAUUCCGUAUAUGUGUAUGUUUGUGGGUUUUUUUUCUCCUUCACAGGAAGUUAUUAUUAUAGAAAAUCUCAAUGAAAUAUGUACAUCUUAUUAAAUUUUUGUUUUUAGUUAUUUUUUUCCAUUCGAAAUAAGAAUUUUGAUGAUCGAGGAACA